AUGCCCGCUGGAAUCUCCAGUCACAGUCUCAACUUCUUGGCCCGCGUCCUCGUCUUUCUUUCAGUCCUUACAGUCUUUGCUCACUCGGUCGUCGCCGCACCCUCAAGUGAAGAGGUCAAGAGAAACAACAACCCGCUCAACAUCAACUGGGGACCCGCGCCGUCGCCGGAAGACGGUCCUCCUGGCGCCCGCAACGCACUUCGAGACCCUGCCUACCUCCCGGCCCAGAUCGGUGGCAUUGUUGGAUCAUACGCACUUUCGCUGGUGCUGGUCGCCAUUAUCUUGCUCUCACUUGCCAAGAAGCGACGAGAACACCUAAACGGCGGCGAGGAAAUCUGGGAAGAGCCAAACUUUUUCCCUCUACCUGGCUUUCAGUCCCAAGAGGAGAUUCAGCAGUUCCAACAGUAUCAGCAGUUCGAGCAACAAGAACAGCCUUAUCCGUAUCCUACUGAGUUGCCAAAGAGCCCGUAUCGCAACUUUUCACAUCCUUCAUCCCCAACUAGCGCUCUAGAACACAAGCCAUACAUCUUCCCCUCUCCAACCGCAACACUUCGCGGUGCCCCAGGAGUAGCGCCACAAGUCGAUCAGCACGUCGUUUACCAAGACAGAAUCAUGGCGCAAGCUCAGCUAGAGGAGAUGUACAAGUACGUGAUGGAGCAGGAAGCGGCCAAGGAGGCCGGUGUCGAGUACCAGUCACCGGUUCUUGCUACACCAAUGUCGACCCAUCAGGCGAAUAAGUCGACCUCGACACUGGUCAAAAAGGAAAGAGUCAAGCCCGCCAACUUGAAUCUCGGCGAGGUAAAGGCGGAGAAGACGCAGUCGCGUACUUCUUCCAUUCUCUCUGCGCUCAAGUCGCCGAGAAAGAAGAAGAUGCAAGGCAUCAGCAUUUCCUCGCCGAUUAUGACGCCAAUGUCUGGAACUUUCCCACCACAAAACGGCGAGGAGAUGAACGCCAUCCCACCGCGGCAAUAUGCACCAGCAAAGCCACCACCAAUCCCCACACAUCAGAUGCCGUAUGGUACGAGGCAGCUCAACGGCCUUGUUUCACCAGUAUCCCCGGUGUCGCCUGUAACUCCGACGGGCAUCUCUCCCGAUAGCACGCAGAGCAUCGACGAGAGAAUCGGUGUCAAGCUGUCUAUGGAUACCACACACACACGGAACACGUCAGGACAGACCGAACCUGACCCGAUAUCCGCGGCCACGGACACGUCCACAACACCACUAGUCGGCUUACCAUCAUCACCAAAGCCCGGAGUCAACCGCUUCCCAUCACUGGCCUCACUGCCCUCGUCUCCGAAGCCCGGUGCCACAUUCUCACGGCCCAACGCUCCGUCUGCCGUCCGCACGGGAGGUGCACUGCCUCUCCGAGCGUACGAGCCCGCGCUGCUGUCGCCUAACUCGUACGACAGGCAGAUGAAGCAGACCGUCUUCGAGCGAGCGCCCCUCUCCCCGGGCCUCGGUACCGCGCGCACACCCUACACCGGUGCCGCCGUGCCCUACACCCCGUACCAGCCCUUCUCCCCCGUGAUACCCAUGACGCCGAGCCUUGUGACCAAGGAGGACAGGAAGAGGAUGAAGAAGAUGGUGCCCAAGACGCCGACGAUGGAGAUGGUCAGGAGCGACGAUGAUAUUUGGUAG